AGCAUAUUUAACAAUGGCGUUCAAUGGAAUCAUUCGGCAUAUUUCGUUGUAUCUAGGUACUCAUAAUUUAUUCAACAACUGUGUGAAUGUAAUGUGAGUUAUUACAUAUUUCUCAAUAAAGGAUUAAACAUACGUUUUAAACCAUGGUUUUAGAAGUGUUGGUCAUAUUCGUCGUCACCUGGGCCGUUUUAACGUACUUGCAAAGCGGCAUGAAGAAAGAGAAUGAGCCACCUCCAGUCAGAUUUGAAUUGCCUAUAAUACGCCACACACAUAGAAUAUUGAAGGCAAGAGAUGGUCGAGAUUGGUGGAAUUUGUGGUUAGAAACAGCUGAUGAUUGUUGGGAAAAAGGAGGAGUACUAUCAAUUAAUACAAUUUUUCCACAAUUUACACAUAUUGUGAUCGGUAAUCCAGACGACUUGCUAAUUGUAGCCAAUAGCACGAUGAAGCACUAUUUCUACAAGGCUUUUCAUCAACAUUUUGGUAGACAUGGAUUAGUUGUAGCUACAGGGAAUGUAUGGAAAAACCACAGGAAACAAAUUAAUCUAGCGUUCACGCCGAAAUUCUUGAACACUGUGUUGAUUGAUCUGUUCAAUGGAUGUGGGAGAUCGCUGUGUAGCACCUGGGCGUCGAAGGUGGGCAAACCGUUUGAACACAUGCAGACGAUAAGCGAAGCCGCCCUAGAAGCUGUAUUGGGAGAUAUAGGUAAAGAAUGCAACGUCUCAAUAAAGGACUACGUGGAAGCAGUCGCUUGUUUGGACCGCUCGUUGGCCCUAAGAUUAGGAAAUUUAUUUUUACAUCUCGACCUCAUAUAUUUCCUGACCAAAGAUGGCCGAGAGCAUAUUGCAAAGGCUGACUAUGUCAGUAAGGAGGGCAGGAAAUUAAUUGAAGCCACCAGAAAGAAGAUGCGAACGAACCCUGACGGCACUAAAGAAAUACCAGAAAUCAAAACAAUAGUUGACUUUUUGGUAUUUAUGACUGAUUUCAACGACGAAGACUUACUGGAUGAAGUCAAUACGUUUCUGGCGGGGGGGCACAACACCACCGCAUCCAGCCUGACGUCAUUCUUUGUAAUCUUGGGCUCUUAUCCUGAGGUGCAAGAAAAGCUUUAUAAAGAAUUAGUAUCAGUCUACGGAACCUCAGAUAGAGAUGUGACUAAAGAGGACUUUGCAUCAUUGCCAUAUUUAGAAGCUGUUAUUAAGGAGGCCAUGCGUUUGUACCCGGCCGUACCCAUCGUAAUGAGAUACUCUAAAAAGAAACUGGCACUGACGAAUUACACAAUCCCAGGGAACAGGUUCUACUUGAUGAACAUCUACGCAUCCAACCGGCACCCAGUAUGGGGACCAGAUAGGAUGGAGUUCAAACCGGAGCGCUGGCUGGACCGGGAUAAGCUGCCGCCGCAACACGCCUUCGCUUCCUUUAGUUUGGGGAAAAGAAGUUGCAUAGGUAAAAGGUACGCGAUGUAUGCAAUGAAGACUAUCGUCACUCACAUCUUGAGGCGAUACAAGGUGAUUGCGGACAUCAACAAGUUCGAAGUGGAGUUGGCUUUCCUGAUGAAACCGAUCUCCGGAGGUGUGAUCACACUCGAAGAAAGAAAUCCAGACUUAGCGACGAACGAACAAAAGGAAUAGGACGUAUGUUUGAAAGUGUUUUAU